AUGGGAUCAUCAAUCGGCUUCGUCUCAUCUCAUGGACUUUAUUUUCUGGAAGGAGCGACCGGGAUGCCGAUCACGCCCCUUCUUCCGGAGACAGUCCGUGCCAUCGGGUCGACGUCGGUCAUCUCUGAUGCCUGCUCUGUAGUCAAAGAGCUCAUUGACAACGCAAUCGAUGCAUCAGCUUCAACUCUGGUUAUCCAAAUUGCCCAAAACACCUUGGAUGUGAUUCAACUCAAAGACAACGGUCACGGCAUCUCUACCGAGGACUAUCCCCAUGUAUGCACGCACAUGUUUACCAGCAAGAUACAGACUCUUGAAGAUCUGAAAAACGUGGGCGGAACAUCGCUCGGCUUUCGUGGUGAGGCAUUGUCUAGCAUUGCUGAAAUGUCCGAGAGUGUUAUCGUCACCACAUGCAUUGCUGCCGACGCUACCGCAUCGUGUCUGCAUUACAGACGAGAUGGAAAGAUUUCCCUCUCUCAGCGUGUCUCUCAUCCGGUAGGCACUACUGUUCGAAUUGAGAAUUUUCUGAAGCAUAUCCCUGUGCGCAAACAAACAGCAUUAAAAAGCGCACCAAAAACUCUUACAAGAGUCAAGAAAUUAUUACAAGCGUAUGCCAUCGCUCAGCCAUCCAAGGGGUUUUUCUUGAAAGUUGUUAAAGCGAAGAAUGAGAUUCAAAACUGGAUUUAUGCCCCAAGUCCAAAUGCAACCCUGUUGGAUGCAGUUAUCAAAAUUGUUGGUCGAGAAGUGGCUUCUUUCUGCGUGUUCAAACAGCUCUCAUCUGAUGGUUUCCUGGAUCGAAAUGGUUCAUUGGAGCAAACCCAGUUUCAAAUAGGCUCCUUGCUCCCAUUACCAGAAGCAGAUAUGUCACAAGUGAACAACACGGGCCAGUUCGUCAGUAUUGAUGGUCGACCUCUAAAUGUCUCCCGAGGAAUUGGCUAUGAUAUUGUCAAAUUGUUCAAAUCCCACCUUCGCUCUAAUAGCAGGAAAACCGGGUCGUCAAAGUCAAUGAUUGACCCAUUCUUUUGCCUCCAGAUUUCCUGUCCACUGGGGACUUACGAUGUCAAUAUUGAGCCUGGAAAAGAUGAUGUGCUAUUUGAAGACCGAGAGCUUGUACUUUCCCUGGUUGAGAGACUUCUCAGUGACCAUUACGGACCUCUGCAGGAGAAAACUCAAUCCAAGCUAAAUGAAACAGCUGCCCAAAUUCCGCAUGACCAGAAUGGAUUUGAGAUUUUGAUGGCCAGAAAAAAGACAGAUGUCCUUGGAAAUAGGCCAGAAAAAGGAGGGGACCUCUCUAUCCAAAGCACUCCUGCCAGUACUACACAAGGCCGCUCACCAUUCCAUGCUCUCAUAUCGCCUGAAAGCACUCCAGGUAGUCUGUCACAGACCGUAAUUCAUAUUGCACGCCAAACUCCUAUUAAUCGAGGCCCUCGCCACGCGAACCCGUGGUCCGUUUCGAGAGUCAAUGCAUCAUUUCAGGCACCGCGGAGCGAGAUUGCAAGUCAAAUCGGUAGCACAAAAGAAUUGCCAUACAACUCCCCGCCAUCAUCCAGAAGAAAUAACAUGCAACGGAGAGUUGAGCCCGACUCGCCUCCAGGCCCUGAUCCCCCGAGCCCUCCAGCUUCAAGAUCUCCCAUCAGUCGAAGACACCCUCAAGAUUUCCAGAACUCUUCCCCACAGGCAAAAGCUACAACUAGCAGUGCCAGACAGGCGACAAGGGAACGUGACAAGGAACGUUAUGGAAAUGGAGCGCUCGAUACAUGGUUUCUGCGUACAAGAGAUGUACCACUGGGUGAACAGCAGUUAAAUCCAGCGUCAGGGCAAGAUGAAUAUAUAUCAUCCAUUUCUCGACCUGCUCAAGAGAGAUUUGGCUCCCCUCCCAGAAACCUAGCACCGGAUUCUAUGGAGAUGGUGGGAGUCCACAGCCCUACCAACAAUGUUAUGUCGGGUGAAGUACCACCGGAACACCCACAGCUUGAGGAAAAUGGCGCUUCCAGUAACAAUAAAGUACAUACUGCAGUCAUGGACAGUAGUCAAGGAUUUCCUGUUUUGGAGAAGUGGGCCGCAAGCUUGCGGGAUAGCUUCAAUGCGGAAACUCCAUCCGACCUUGAAAGGGCUGCUGACUCCGGAAAGAGCCCACAAUCAAAUGGGAAAUCUCGACAUCACAAUCGAUACCUUGCAGCCAAAGCUUCCUUGGCUAGCGAUCGAUCAUUUGUCAUUGAGUCACCUACACCUCUUCCCCCUCAAGAUCCAAGGGCGUAUCUUUUACGAAAUCCCACCGAGACAUCAAAAGCUGGAUCAAAACCUAGUAGGCUACACCGUAGUCGCCUACCAUUCGAACGCAUCCCUGAAGGCUACGAUAUUCACGAUGUCAGUAUAUCACUACCGGCAGAAAUAACCCGCAUCAAGGAAUAUUCAAUUAUUCUUGGUCAUUGUGACUUUCAUACGGAUUUUGGAGAGGAAAUAGAAUCACUCUCUCCGCCGAACAUGGAUACCAUCAUUCCUUUCUGGAACGAUCGACUGGCUUCGAUCAUGAAAAAUCAAUACGGUAAUCAAGAUGAAGUUCAAUCUGAACUGAAAAUUGACCUGUCAUCAAUAUUGGCGAAGCAUAUGCGCUAG